UGUGUGAAUCCAGUGUGAACGCAGCUGCUGUCAGAGUCGAACCCUCCGGAGCCAUCGCACCAUGGACGGAGGAGCCGCCUCCACGCUGGCCGAACACUAACGGGAAUAACAUCUGGCGUGAACUUGGAUUUUUGUGUUGUCGUCCUGUGGGUUCGGGAAGAAGCGGGUCGAGUUGAGGGAAAGACUUUGGACUUCACUGAGGCUCCUUACACACAGCAGCUGGACUGCACACAGGGAACACUGUAGAAGACAGGAUGGGGAGCCGGGGCCACUACCGGUACCACUGGCAGAGCCACAAUGUCAAAAUCAGCGGUGUGGACGACAUGGUUCUGCUCGCCAAGAUCAAUGAGGACGCCAUCGUGGACAACCUCAAGAAGAGAUAUAUGGAUGACUACAUCUUUACGUAUAUCGGCCCUGUGCUCAUCUCUAUCAACCCCUUCAAGCAGAUGCCUUACUUUGGAGACAAAGAAAUUGAGAUGUAUCAGGGUGCUGCUCAGUAUGAGAACCCUCCUCACAUCUACGCUCUGGCCGACAACAUGUACAGGAACAUGAUGAUCGACCGUGAGAACCAGUGUGUCAUCAUCAGUGGAGAGAGCGGCGCGGGGAAGACUGUAGCAGCCAAAUAUAUCAUGGGCUACAUCUCCAGAGUGUCAGGGGGUGGACCCAGAGUACAGCACGUCAAAGACAUCAUCCUGCAGUCCAACCCGCUGCUCGAGGCCUUUGGAAACGCCAAGACAGUGAGGAACAACAACUCCAGCAGAUUUGGGAAAUACUUUGAGAUCCAGUUCAGCUCCGGUGGCGAACCAGACGGAGGGAAAAUCUCCAACUUCCUUCUGGAGAAAUCACGUGUCGUCAUGAGGAAUCCUGGGGAACGGAGUUUCCACAUAUUCUAUCAGUUGAUAGAAGGAGCCAGUGUCGAGCAGAAGAACAGCCUGGGAAUCACGAGCCUGGAUUACUACACUUACCUCAACCAGUCUGGUUCCUACAAAGUAGACGACAUCAACGACAAGAGCGACUUCCAGGAGACAAUGCACGCCAUGGAGGUGAUCGGCAUCUCAGCGGUGGACCGCUCCAUGGUGCUGCAGAUUGUGGCCGGAGUCCUGCACCUGGGAAAUAUCACUUUCAAGGAAUCGGGCAACUACGCUGCUGUGGAGAGUGAAGAGUUUCUAGCCUUCCCUGCGUUUCUGCUUGGCAUUGACCAGAACCGUCUGAAGGAGAAACUGACGAGCCGGAAGAUGGACAGCAAGUGGGGGAAUGCGAUAGAGUCCAUAGACGUGACUCUGAAUGUGGAGCAGGCGUCUUACACUCGUGACGCCCUCUCCAAAGCCCUGCAUUCACGCGUGUUUGACUUCUUGGUCGAGUCCAUCAACAAAGCCGUGGUGAAGGAUAGACAGGAGUUAAAUAUUGGGGUGUUGGACAUUUAUGGAUUUGAAAUUUUCCAAAAAAAUGGAUUCGAGCAGUUCUGCAUCAACUUCGUGAAUGAGAAGCUGCAGCAGAUCUUCAUCGAGCUGACUCUGAAGGCGGAGCAGGAGGAAUAUGUGCAGGAAGGCAUCAAGUGGACUCCCAUCGAGUACUUCAACAACAAGAUUGUCUGCGAUCUCAUCGAGAGCAAAAAUCCUCCAGGCAUCAUGAGCGUCCUGGAUGAUGUGUGUGCCACCAUGCACGCGGUGGGCGAGGGAGCCGACCAGACCAUGCUGCAGAAGCUCCGAGUCCAGAUCAACACCCACGAACACUUCAACAGCUGGAACCAGGGCUUCAUCGUCCACCAUUACGCCGGAAAGGUGUCCUACGACGCAGAGGGUUUCUGCGAGAGGAACCGAGACGUCCUUUUUUCCGACCUCAUUGAGUUGAUGCAGAGCAGUGAAAUCGCCUUCAUCAGAGCACUGUUUCUAGAAAACCUCAACGCUGAGAAGAAGGGUAGACCCUCAACUGCAGGCAGCAAAAUAAAGAAACAAGCCAAUGAUUUGGUGAGCACACUGAUGAAAUGUACCCCGCACUACAUCCGGUGCAUCAAGCCCAAUGAAACCAAGAAGCCCAGAGACUGGGAGGAGAGCCGAGUGAAGCACCAGGUGGAGUAUCUGGGUCUGAAGGAGAACAUCAGGGUGAGGCGUGCUGGCUACGCCUACCGCAGAGUCUUCAAGAAGUUCCUCAACAGGUACGCCAUCCUGACCAAAGAGUCCUGGCCAACGUGGCGAGGAGACGAGAAACAAGGCGUCCUUCAUCUCUUAAAGUCUGUCAACAUGGACCAGGAUCAGUUCCAGCUCGGUCGCACCAAGAUCUUCGUUAAAGCUCCAGAGUCGCUCUUUCUGCUGGAAGAGACGAGGGAGCGCAAGUUUGACGGCUACGCCAGGACCAUCCAAAAGGCCUGGAGGAAAUAUUUGGCCCGCAAGAAGUACGUCCAGAUGAGGGAGGAAGCUUCUGACCUCUUGGUGAAUCGAAAGGAGAGGCGGCGACACAGCAUCAACAGAAACUUUGUUGGAGACUACCUGGGCAUGGACGACCGGCCCGAGCUGCGGCAGUUUCUGGGAAAGAGAGAAAAGAUCGACUUUGCAGACAAGGUCACAAAAUACGACCGUCGCUUCAAGGGAAUCAAGAGAGACUUGAUCCUGACGCCAAAGUCGGUGUACCUGGUUGGAAGAGAGAAGGUGAAGCAGGGACCAGAGAAAGGUCAGGUGACCGAGGUGAUGAAGAGGCGGAUUGAGGUGGAGAAGAUCUUGGCCGUAUCACUCAGCACGAUGCAGGACGACUUAAUGAUCCUUCACGAGCAGGAGUACGACAGCCUGCUGGAUUGCGUCUUCAAGACCGAGUUCAUCAGCCUGCUGUCCCGCAGGUUCGAGGAGAAAACUCAGAGGAAGCUACCACUCAAGUUUAGUAACACACUGGAGUUGAAACUGAAGAAGGAGAACUGGGGCUUCUUGAGCGGCGGCGGCACCCGGCAGGUCUUGUUUGUCCAGGGUGACGGAAACGUAGCCGUCCUGAAGCCUUCCAGCAAAUCCCUGCAGGUCAGCAUCGGGCCCGGGCUUCCCAAGAACACACGCCCAACCAGGAAGAGCUUCACUCAGAGUCGCACGAACACGUCCAGAACCCACCAGAACAUCCCGGCUCGGUCUGCACCAGGACCCCCAGGCUCUCACCAGAACGGUGGCCUGAAAAACUCCAACCACGCAGCCAAUCAGAGGAACUCGCAGCAUCACAGCCAGAGGCCUCCGCCGUCCGGCAACUCCACGCGCCCCUUCCUGCCGAGCAACAUCAGCCAGCUGAAGGAGCGAGGCAGCAGCCGGCCGCCGCCCGACCUCGACUGUCUGAAAGUACCUGAUCAAGGAGCUGCAGGCAAUGGAGACAGACGACCAGCUUCCAAUGGAGGAAUAGCCCACAGACCCUCGGCCAGCCGACCUGCGCCGGGAGGGGGUCGACCCAAACCUGCCCCCAAACCCAAGCCUCAGGUGCCGCAGUGCAAAGCUCUGUACGCCUACGACGCUCAGGACACGGACGAGCUCAGCUUCAACGCUGACGAUCGAAUCGACCUCAUCAAAGAGGAUGCAUCAGGAUGGUGGAUGGGACGACUGCGUGGAAAGCAGGGACUUUUCCCCAACAACUACGUCACCAAGAUCUAAGAGCUGCAGGUUUCCAGCACACGGAGGAGGGAGCCUGCUGCGGCCCCCCCGACCCCCUCGGGCGACCGCGUGGAGACAGGAGCACCGCGAGCUUCCCUGAGGAGAGAAACUCCCGCUUCCUCCACUUUCUGCCUCGUGGUGCAUGAAGCGAACCCUCGGUUCUGCCACCAGACCAAAAGACCGUCAGGCUGGACAGCUUGGCUCCGCCUCAAAGACCAGAACACUGUUUGACCCGGGGGUCUGGUUCCCUCCACAGUCCCUUUGAGUCGUGAACAAAAACUAUUUAUUGUAUUUAUAGCUUUCUGUGUUCUCCUCGCUGCCAUUUAUAUUCUUGCAGAGGAUUUGAGCUCAAACGUUUUGAAGCGCUGGAAUGAAGUAUGCUUUAUCUGUGGGACCAGGCUGUGAUUUACUUUAAUUUUUUCAACAUGUCGUCUUUCGAUGAAGGUGUGAUCUCCGAAGCACGGGCGGUCGUCUCGGUGUUUCCGGGGCUGCAGGGAGACGGCUGUUUUACCAGGUUUUAUUUAUUCUGAUGCAAAAGCUGUAACUGCUUCCUCGGGAAAGGAUGCUCAGUAAAUCACCACACUGUGAUUGUUUUUAAUGAUUUUUACCAAAGGAAUAUAAAUUUGAACAGGUCUGUCCGAGGGCAGCUGGGUGACUCACCUGGAAAAAACCACCUUCAUCUUUGUUUGUUUUUGUUUGUUUUUCUAUCACACCAGUAUACUUAACCUACAGAGUCGAGGCCAUACUGUAACCUGAGCAUGCUGUCUGUGGUGUAUUAGCACUUUAUUGGUACAGGUACUACCUUUGGAUACAGACACCGUCACUCGUUCAUGCCACAGCCAGUAAGUUUAGUCUAUGAAGGACAGGUUGCCAAGCUAAAGCAAUAAGCCCAGUUACUGAGGAGAAGAAGUUGUUUACAUGAGAUGAUGAAACUAAACAGGCGUCGUAGAGCUGAUUCUGUAUAUGUGUUUUCAUAUUUAGGAACGUGCCUGUCGUUGGUUAGAUUUUAAAUUAUUCUUUUUUUGUAUUUUCUCUGAAGGAUCUUAGUAUUCUUAGUUUUUCUGCUUUUGAUAUUCACGGAGGGCUGCUUUGUUUCCAUUUCAGCUACAAAUAGAUAAUAAUAGUUAUCACACACGAGGGUGAAUGGAUUUUUGUUUCGUCAAGUUGUUUUGGUAGAAAGAAUAAGAUUUGUUCACAUUUUUCCACGGCACUACAAAGAAUUCCUUUCGCUUCUGCUUGAUUGUUUCUGCACAUCCUUUGCACUGCUGUUGAAUUACUCACACAUUCCUUUAGUCAUUUGUUUUUAUUUUAUUUCCAUUGAAUAACCACAUUAUACUCGAGUCAGUAAAGAGACAUGCUGGGACUUCUUGUCACAGAUCUUCCGCAUCAUCAAAUAUAGUUUGAUCUUGGAUGGUUUAAAACAUCCUUGUGCAAUACAAAAACAGUAGAUGAACCUUUUAAUGAAGCAUGUAAUAUUGUAUAUUGAACUGCUUUUUUGUUUUAUUAAAAAGAUCAUUAAAUGAAUGACCAUCAA